CUCUGGGCGGCAACAGAGGCCGAGGCGCUGCACUGCUACGCCUGCGUGCCGAACCAGCAGAUCGCCGGCGUGCAGAUCCCGGCAGCCAUCGCUAACAAGACGAGCGGCUUCCCGCACUGCAGCGCGCUGAGUCUGGCCGAGCCGGCGCUGCGGUUCGAGAUGACCUGCCCGGCAGGCCUUGACCGUUCCUGCAUCAAGAUCCGCGACGACAGCGGGAACGAGAUGCGCAGCUGCUUCUCCAUCGCCGUCAGCCGCUGCACCAAGACCUCCAAGAAGGGACAGGUGCUCUGCACGUGCAAGAGCGACCUCUGCAAUGCGGCGGGCCAGACGGCGCCGGCCACCGCCGGUCUGACGCUGACGCUGGCGCUAGUGCUGACGUCGGCGGGCUUCGGCCGCCACACUAGCGCCGCCUAG